AAAUAUUUAAAAAAAAAAUUUAUAGAAUCUAAUUAAACGGUUAAAAUUGGCUCCGCAAACAAAUUUCAAUUGUAUGUCAAGCUCUGUUCUGUAUGUACAAAAUUUCAAUGGAAAAAUCAACUCUAAUAAUACAUUGCAACAAGAAGCAUUUUGCAGAUAAAAUGCAAUAGCUUUUCCUUUUCUGAAUUCAGCAAAUGGACAGAAACCAAAUCAGGAAGAAUCUUGUUGAUGAGACGACAGGCAGACAGAUAGAGAGAGCUGAGCCUGUUGGCACUGGGACCGUUUCAGGCGGGUCCCUCCACUGCCGCAGAGGCUCCGCACCGCUUCCGCCUCUUCCGGACACGCCACCGACACCAUACACUCUGCCAGGGCACGGUUCAGGUGCCGACAGCCCCAAUCCCUUCCCGUCCCCGAUGGAAAUCGUCGGUGGCACUCGCAUAGCGCCCUGUAAAGCCUCUCGCAUCCCGCCGGUACCCCGUUCUCCUCCCCCAUCUCCGAUAUCGGUUCCCACGCUCCUACAGAAGAUCAACAAAUUGGAAGAUCAGAAGAUGUAAGCAACCGUUCGAUGUAACAUCGUGAUUGAUGAUGGUCGGUGGGUCUUCGCCACGUCAACCUCUUUUUUUGUUUUUUGUUUUUUGGGAAAAUGAUUAAAUAGUAAAAAGCUUUUGAAGAAAUAACUUAAUAACCCCUCUAAGUCAGCCCCUGAACUUAGUUUGUUUUACAAUUGCAGUCAUUAACUUAUUUCUAAGCUGAUAAAAUAAAGACCUUGUAUUGUG